GCGGUUCGUGAGCGAGCGGGCGCGCGGAGGGCAGCGCGCAGGCGCGGGGUGAGGCCCAUUGUUGGACGUUGCCCGAGGAGGAGGAGGAGGAUGGCGGCGAUGGCCGGGGCCGGGGCUCUGCUUCCUCCUCCCAGUCCCGCCGCGUCAGACGUCUGUGCGCGCAAAGCCUCAAAGCCGGAUUCCCGGAAGGCAGCCCUGCCUUUACCCAGAGCCAGCAACCGACCCAGAGCCUCAGCCUGCAAACGGGAGCAGCGAAAGGGCAGGUCGCGAGCAAGCACGCGGCUGGCCAAGUCUGCAAAGGUGGAGAGCAGCGAUGAGGCGCCAAGUGAUGAGGAAGCUGCAGGUCCCGAGGCUCUGUCAGCGCCGUCUUCCCCAGAGGCACAGUCCGAGAGCGGCGAGGAGAACGCGGUGGAUCCCGAGUCUCUGUCAGCGCCGUCUUCCCCAGAGGCACAGUCCGAGAGCGGCGAGGACGACGCGGUGGAUCCCGACACUCUGUCAGCACCGUCUUCUCCGGAAGCAGAUUCUGACGCUGAGAGUGGCGAGGAGGGUUCGAGUGACAGCACCGAAGAUCCAGAUCAGACAGAGUCUGAGAACAGGUUAGCCAGCUGUCAGGAAUGGGAUGUGAUAUCCAGAGAAGUGGAAAGAUGCUGCAAAUGUAGUUUCCCAGGGUGAUCCGCACAGGCUGUU